UUUCUUGGUGGAUGAGUCGUACGCUCCCAUUGUGCUUGAUCUCUUCUCAUCGCUGCUAACCUGUAACUUUCCAUACACCCCAUGGUCCGUGCACCAUGUCUCACUCUCUCGUUACGUAUUUCUCAUUUGUUCACAUGUUCUUUCAUCGUCAUUACUGACGCACAUGCCUCAUGAGCCAUUUCAUAAUACUCCUCCUUUUCGAUGGCAGUGCCUCUCAAAGGAGUCAUACACUGCACCGGAUUUUCAAGGUUCGCGUCUGGUUCGCCGUGCUCGAUCGCGCAUUGUUAUCUACGUUCUGUCUCAUCCCCAUCACUUUUCAUUCAAUCGUGUACCCUGCGAAGAGUCUCUACUCUGCGAGACGCACUCAACAGUGUGAUUACAACGGUAUGAGCCUUCGCAGCCACAGCGCAUGGUUCGCCAUGUCAGGGCUGUGGACCCGGCCGUUCCUGAAUCCUUAUUGGGACCUGGCGCCGGUUCGGAAACAGGCAAUGCAUGGAUUGCAAAUCAAUGCGACCAACACAACGCGGAGGCGCUGAACUCAAAAGAUGUGGACGUACUACGAGGACUUACA